AUGUCUCGGAAGCGUGAACAUGCCGUCGAUUGUGAAAUGGGUAAACGUGGUGUGUGGUUGGUUAAGGUCAAAUUGAAGUCUCGUCCAGGUCUGGUUUUGCCGGCGUCCAUCUCCUCAAGCUUGAAAGGUCCUGCAAAAAUUCCUGAUGAACAUUCCUUCAUUCUCGGUGAUGUCCUCAACCAGACCAUGGCAGUGCUUGUGCAGAAGAUAAGACAGGUCUCAACGAAGAGGCAGAAGUCAAGUGAACCAGGGCGGCUUUCAAUUGAAGGAAGGGUUGUAAAGAGAGCAGAAUGUCGCCCUCCAGCGUCAAGCAGCUAUUUGAAAAUGAAAAUCGCUCAAAUCUCUAGUAGUGGGCAACCGAAGAAGCAAGUUCUACAGAUGGAGAAGGCAGCUGUGAAAUUCAAACCUGUCGCCGCACACGCGGAGGAUAUGAUGAGAAUUAAGCAGAAGAAAGAAGGAGCAAAGACAGUACGCGCAGAUCGUAAUGUACUCAUGCAGGCUUUGUUCCACGCCUUCGAGAAGCAUCAGUACUACAGAUUACAAGAUCUGCAGCAGUUGACGCAACAACCUGCUGGAUAUGUUAAGGAACUGUUGACAGAAAUUGCCGUGUACAAUACUGCUCCACCGCAUAAAAGCAUGUGGGAGUUGAAGCCUGAAUAUCGGGAUUAUGCGGUGCAAAAGCUCGAUUCCUUGAAAGUGAUCCAGAAAUUUGGCAAAGGUGCGCCGGCGCUCUGCGGAAUGCCUAAAAACUCCGCAGUCCAUCUGCAAAUCAGCGAUCCUCUGGGUGAGUGGAGACCUGGUUUCAACGAUACCAAAUCUAUAGCAGUUUUCACAAAAGGAGGUAAAAGAAUGCUGGAUCCACGAAUGUAUCGCGAGAUUGUGCGGAACUUUAUGUGCGAUUCGUUUGACACUAUGCUCGAUUAUGAUGUACCGCGAGGUUCUCUCAACAAACGCCUUUCCAAAGCAAUUGAUCGAACGAAAACGUUCUACGAACUAGUGGUGGAUCAUGAUGAAAGCCCCGAGGGAGCUGUGAUCGUCUCAUUGGGUGGAGGAUUCAAUGAUUAUUAUCGGAGAAAAUGCGCUGUGGAUGUUGGUCUCAACAAAAGGUGUGAUGGGUAUUCGGUCGAUCUGCGAGAAUUUACACACGGGAGCGAGGUGGACAAAGAAGAGUUGAAGAAACUCGUUGAAGAGACGUUUGGCCCUCUCCCACCUACUCGAUUUCGCUUCGUGUCUGGACCUUUCGAUCCAGCUAUGGUGUUGUACCUUGUUCGGCUCGGAUUUGAUUGUUUCGACUCAUCGUAUGCUAUCAAGAUCUCUGAAGAGGCAAAAUGUCUUCGCUUAGCCGACGAUUACCCAUACUCGUCGCAGUUUGAGCUUUUGGAAUUCAACGACGAUAAGUAUGCUAUUCUUUCAGUGAUGCCGCUCCGAAGGGUGGACAAUGAGACCGAUUUGGAGCGACAAUAUCGAGAGGCACGCGAAGAAUUGAACAGAUGGAACUCAUCAUUCUGGGAGAGGCACAACACUUUAUUUGACAGGAGAAAGUCUGAAUUCGUCCAAAAACGAAAAAAGGAGAUUGGACGGAUAGAGCAAAUUUCGGCAAAUGAUCUAUCUGUUUUCUACAAGGAGUUUCUUGAUCUAGAACAUGCGAACUUGAUGGCAUACAACAAAGAGUGGUACCGGCGUAACCUUGCACUGUGCUGGCCAGCACUCAAAGUGAAUAUGAUUCGAUUUAUGCGAUUAUUAAAAAGGUCAUGA